CAGAUGCACAGGAAGCAUUCAGACUGCCGCACCAAACACGACAGCGACGUAUCGGGUUCCGAGACAGUUGACAACUGAACAGGGCCCCCAAGAUGAAGGAAGUGCUCCUCGACGCCAACUUCCCGCGCGACGCCGAGGGCCGCACGUAUCAUGUCGGUACGAAAGCUGGACAGGUUGCGAAUCGAAUCAUCACCGUCGGCGAUCAUGUUCGCGCCCAUCGAAUCGCAAGCCAAUUCGACGGCGGCAAGGCUCUCUUUGAGCACAACUCGCAGAGGAAUUUUCUGACUUUGACCGGCACAUUCGACGGUGUCCCCAUCACGGUCGUCGCGAUCGGCAUGGGGUUCCCCGUCGUUGACUUCUUCAUUCGCGAAUGCCGUGCCGUUGUUCAGGGAGACAUGAUCGUAGUACGCCUAGGCUCGUGCGGGUCCCUGAAUCCCACCCUCCCAAUCGGCACCGUCGUCGUGCCGUUUACAUCCUUUGGCAUCACGAGAAACUACGACUAUUUUCAUCCCACCACCACAGCCGAGCAGCGCGCGUCUGAUUCCAUAGAGCCUUAUAACAUUAGCCAGCCCUUAGACUGCGACCGCGAAGUACAUGACACUUUGCUCAAGGCUCUGGAGGAGCAGACGCCUGAGGUCAAAGAUGGAUUCUUUCAUGGCGCCAAGGCAAAGGUCCAGGGCAACGUGAUGAACGCCAGUGCUGAUAGCUUCUAUGGCUCGCAAGGCCGUCAAGAUGCAGCAUUCCUAGACGCAAAUACAAAUCUCAUCGAAGUCCUAGAGCAGAGGCAUCCCGGCAUCUCGACGCUAGAAAUGGAGACGUUCUUGAUCAAUCACUUGGCUUUAUGCGCCAACAAUGUCAGCGCAGAGCCAGAGGCGCCCAAGAUCAAGACCGGAGCCGUGCAGAUGAUCUUUGCAAAUCGCACAACCUCAGCUUUCAUUACGCCUGACGAAGUAGAGCUUCUGGAGCGGUGGGCAGGAAGGAGCGUAUGUGCUGCCCUCGCCUCUCUUUCAAUUCCUGCCAAUAAAACACACCCUCACGGUGUCUGGUCGAAAUCAUAGACCAGACUCAACGGAUGAAGUCCAUGCUGUAUCCUCCGCCGGCCUGUGCGCAAAGAAUAAAUGUCAGCCUUUGCGUG